AUGGUUUUGACAGAGGAGAAGAUGCUUACGAACGGAGAGCCCGACGAGCAUCAGAGCGGCGCCGGCUUCCCUGUGUUUGACGUGUUUGAUCCCUUGUCACCCGUGUCUCUGCAGGACCCCCUGGUGGCGAUCCGGGAGCAGUGCGAGCAGACGGAGCACUGCGUGCACGCGCGGGAGAAGCUGGAGGCCUGCGAGGCGCGGGUCAGCUCCCGGUCGCAGACGCUGGAGGAGUGCACGGAGGAGCUCUUCGACUUCCUGCAUGCCAGGGACCACUGCGUGGCGCACAAGGCCUUCAAAAUGAUUAAGUGAAGUCUGCACAGCUCUGGCGUCAAGCUCCAGUUUCUGUGGUAGAUGUCAUACAGCUGUGAAGUCUGUAUUUAAAUAAGAAAAUGGCGCCGAUCAGAAAAGUUCCUGAUGUCCGUUUCUUCCCCAUGCAGUUUCAGGAAAUGUUUGAAAACCUCAGCUAACUGUGUAUGUGUCCACAUGUGAAUAAAAUGACAUUCUUUCUGAA